CAUCGGUGGAGAUCUAAAGUCGGAGUUUUGCCGCAGUCCGUGAACGCCUCGCGGUUGGGAAGGCAGGAGAGCGGCGUAAAGAAAGGGAGAACGCAAAACGGAGCCGGAUCCGAUUGAAGCCCGCAAUCCGGCAAUCGGAGAAAAUUCAACCCCCAGCUCGGUGGAGCUGAGCGUCGAUUGUCAUUGGCGAAUAGCUGCGCCCUGCCCCGAGCGACCGCGGGCCGGCCGGCCGGCACUGGCGCCAAUUAGCAUCGUUAGCACGGCGGCGACAACCAGGCGCAGGGACCCCCCCCCACCCACUCCCACCCAAAAAAAAAAAGGGAGCGAGCGUCCCCCCGGGGGCGGUGACGGAGCACACGAGGAUGGGGAGGAAAUCCAGCCGAGCGAAGGAGAAGAAAGCGCGGCGUCUGGAGGAGAGGGCGGCCAUGGACGCCGUCUGCGCCAAGGUGGACGCUGCCAAUAAGCUCAACGACCCGCUGGAUUCCUUCCCGGCAUUCAAAAAGUACGACAGGAACGGAUUGAACCUGCAGAUCGAGUGCAAGCGAGUGACGGCUCUCAACCCGUUGUCGGUGGAGUGGGCCUUCGAACUGACCCGAGCUAACAUGCAGACACUCUACGAGCAGAGCGAGUGGGGCUGGAAGGAACGCGAGAAGCGGGAGGAGAUGAACGACGAGAGGGCGUGGUACCUGUUGGCCCGCGACGGCGACUCCGCCCCCGUGGCCUUCUCGCACUUCCGAUUCGACGUGGAGUGCGGGGAGGAGGUGCUGUAUUGCUACGAGGUGCAGCUGGAGAGCAGAGUACGGAGGAAAGGGCUCGGCAAAUUCCUCAUCCAGAUUUUACAGCUCAUCGCUAAUGGUACGCAGAUGAAGAAAGUGAUGCUGACGGUUUUUAAACACAACCACGGCGCCUACCAGUUCUUCAGGGACGCUCUCCAGUUCGAGAUGGACGAGACCUCGCCGAGCAUGUCCGGCUGCUGCGGCGACGACUGCUCGUACGAGAUCCUCAGCCGGCGGAUCAAACACGGCGAGGCCUCGGUGGGCCACGGCCACGCCGGCGGCCACUGCGGCGGGUGCUGCCAUUGAUCG